AUGCAGUUCCUGACCACCUUCACGGUCUCGCUCAUGAAGUCGCUCGAUAUUCGCUCUGAGCCCGCCGUACGGUUGCUUGCCGAGUUCCUCGAUAUGGAUAGCGGGGGUACGCGUGUGAAUGCGGAACAUUUUGCACAUGAACUGUAUAGUUAUCUCCGCUCGCCCUAUCGCGACCUGACUGUUUACGACGGUGUCGUGCAGGCGAGAGCGGGCAUCAUCAAAUUGUCGCACACGCCGAUCCCAUCGAACAGCACGGUCGUGAACGGCGCGAUCCCCAUCCCCGUCACAGUCCUAAUGAGCGACACCACAGAAGCCAGAAGGGUAAAUGGCGUGCAGAUAGAGACAGACCAAGGCCCUCGGAUUCCUGAGUCGGAACGGGAGAACCGCAGUAGCCACGACCCUAGUCAAGUUGCCCCACGAGUGCCUCCCGUAUCCGACGUGGAAUUACCUCUGCUUCGUCAUCAAGACGCUUCCGUUUCUGUCAUGCCUGCUGCUGCUUCAACUCCUGGCAACCCUGCUGGCACUUCUACACCUAACUGCGGAACCCAUGCAGCCGGUAUCGGUGGUUCACAAGGACCUAACACCGUCGAGAACCCCAAUUCCAAGUCGGACCGCGUGGAUCCACAGAGAAGGAAUGAAGCUAUACGUACAAGGCACCGUACCCUUCUCGAGUCAGUGCAAGCACAUUUAUCCAGAGAUGUUUCGGCACAUCAGCGGAAUCAGUAUGGGCGGAAUCACACUGUGCCAGGGGUGACACCUUUUCCGGCAGCAUGUUUUCAAAGCGACGACAAAGCAUCCCGCGACAACGGUCUUGUUCCCGAAGCGGCUGCCAUUUCCGAAACACCUACACUACUCGAGCGGCUAUCUGAGCGCGAUGACACGCAUUCUCCACGCACAGCUACCCCGAGAGUCUUUGCUUCACGGCGGCCUGUGAACCAUCUUCAGAAUACCCCUCAGGGCGACCGCCUUGAGGAUCAGUCACCUCAAAAGAAUUCGAGCGAGGCGUCUGAACUUCGUCAAGACACGAUUGAGGACAUAGACGAAGGCAAGGCCCCUGGAUCCGCUGAGGAUCCUGCGAAAAACCGCACAUAUGCAUCCCUGGCCUCGACCGUGCUGCGCUCGAAACUGCUUAGCAAACUUGCCAACGAGAAGUGCAUGGUCGAGCCACCUGUCAAGUCCGACAAUCCCCACCUUGUCGACGGUUGUCUACUGUCAACGUGCGCGGGCUCUGUCGCUGCGGCUCUAGCCGGCGGUGCCGAUGUCCAGGAAACCACACCUUUGAAGGUUUCGGGAGUAGAGACCGCCGAGAUGGAGGCUAGACUUCGCAGUCAGGCGCUGUUGCGGGUUCGGCUGCGUGAGGAGAGGGAGGUCGCAAAGGCGGAGGCAGGUGGGGGUAUGGAAUCAAAUGACGAUGUAGUCGAUGCAAGCAGCACGGACGUGAGCGCUGUGGCAAGUCAAGAGGAGUGGCUGAGGGAACAAUUACUACGCAGACGGCUUAUGCGGCGUACAUGA